AUGUUGGGAAAUGGAUUCAAGAAACCGUUAGUUAAAGAGAAAAGAAUACCUAUGAAGCAUAUUAUGGAGAAUAAAUCUUUAGAAGACAGUAAUGUACACGAAGUUGACAGCUCUAAUUGUAUUUCUGAAGAUUCUGCAUUAAACCCGGAUAUUAAUACAACCAUCACUAAAAACCAUUUCAUGAAGGAUGAAAUAGCAAUCAAUGAUACACAAUUCACACAAAUUCCUACUAUCAAUAAUAUCGAAAAAGAUACACCAGAAAGCCCUUUGAUUUUCACACCAAAUAAACCGAUAAUUUCCAAACAUAUGUAUGAUCAUAUUGUAAAGAAGUUGGAAUCCAUAUUCGAUGCAGAUCCUAGUGUCGUUGGAUCAAAAAUAAUAUUGGAAACAACAACACACUAUAGCGAUCAAUCAGAAACCGGAAGAAAUCCAAAAAUUUUUGAUCGUGAAAUCUCUGAGCGAACAUUUACUGUUGAAUGUAUGUCUCCAAUAUUCAAGUCAUUCAGAAAUGCAUUUCCGGAAAUCAAGUACGAUUGGAUUGAAAAAGAAGUGGAUUCAAUUAAGAUUGCCAAUAAAAUGUUUAUGACGCAAGCUAGAUUAAGAAAGACUGACCUUCUUGUCACCCAUUUGGUAGAUGGCAAAGAGAUUGUGGAUGUUGAGGUUUCCGGUCCACCUUAUAAUCCACAAGAAUCACAUACAGUAGGAGAUAUAAAAAAAUUGUUGAUGAUGGCAGUCUGUAAUUUGUGCUGCAUAUUUGGAAAUGAUCUUAAUUGCAAGAUUGAAGAUGCAAAAAAAAUCAAAUCAUUUAGUAUACAAGAGUUUAGGAAAAAAAUUAUGAUCAAUACACCAGAAGAAGACAAAAUGAAAGUACAAGAUUGGUUACAUUUUCCAGAUCCUAGUUUAAAGCCAUUGCCAGAUUUUUUAGAUGCUAUCACCAUUUAA